AAUACAAAUAUUUGAGCAAACAAGUAUAAACUCAGUCCUACAUCAUGUGUGAUUCAUGGAUAACUAUGGAGAAAAGAAUAAUAUAUUAACAAGGGGCACCUGCUGAUUAGAAUGCUUUUUCUCGCAAUCACUUGAUGUGUUGAUGUUUUUGUUGGAUGUUGGUCCUUUGCUCUUAUAUGUUUUUACUAAAUUUUGACACACCAGCACUUAAACAGCAGACUUUUUCUAGAAACACAGAACUUCUGUUCAGGAAAUGAUAACAUUCAAAGCAAUUGGCAAAUCGAGCCAUUGUCUCUUCGCAGCUUUUCGUGAUACAGUUGAGAAUAAAAAGAGGAAGCAUUUAAAUGCUAGACUGAAUUGCCAUUAGAAGAGCUGGGGGAGUGCCUGUGCCUUCAGCAAAUUUGUAGAAAGAUCUGGCUCUGAAGGUUACUUUAUUGGACCUGCACUUCUCUGUGGGUUAACAACUGAUCGGUCACUUGAGACAGAAUGCCUUCCUACACUGUAACGGUGACCACGGGCAGCCAAUGGUUUGCUGGCACGGAUGAUUAUAUUUACCUUACACUUGUGGGUUCCAAAGGGUGCAGUGAGAAGCAUCUUCUUGAUAAAGCCUUCUACAAUGAUUUUGAAAGAGGAGCGAUCGAUUCCUAUGAUAUAACAGAAUCAGAAGACAUUGGAGACAUUCAGCUUUUAAAGCUGGAAAAACACAAAUACUGGUACAAGGAUGACUGGUACUGCCGACAUAUAACUGUCAAAACACCAUCUGGAGAUUAUCUUGAGUUUCCGUGCUACAGGUGGAUCACCAAUGACAAGGAGGUAGUUCUUCGAGAAGGAAAAGCAAAAUUGUCUCGAGAUGAUGUUACUCAAGUCCUUAAGCAGCACAGACGAAAAGAACUGCAAGAAAGGCAAAAAUUGUACAGGUGGAAAGAGUGGUAUCCUGGUUUCCCCCUGAGCAUUGAUGCACAUUCUCACAGUGACUUGCCACAUGACAUUCAAUUUGACAGUGAAAAAGGAGUUGAUUUCAUCUUAAAUUACACCAAAGCGAUGGAAAACCUCUUUGUUAACAGCUUCAUGCACAUGUUCCAGUCGUCAUGGAAUGACUUUGCUGACUUUGAGAAGAUCUUUGUUAGAAUCAGCAAUACAAUUUCAGAAUAUGUGAUGCAACAUUGGAAGGAAGAUUUUAUGUUUGGAUACCAGUUUCUGAAUGGCUGCAACCCUGUGAUGAUUACAAAAUGCAAAAAAAUCCCUGCUAAUUUCCCUGUUACAAAUGAAAUGGUAGAAUGCAGCCUGGAACGGAAUCUGACUUUAGAGCAAGAAAUUGAGAAGGGAAAUAUUUUUAUUGUUGAUUACCAUCUUCUGGAUGGCAUCUCUGCCAACAAAACUGACCCCUGCACAAUGCAAUACAUUGCCGCUCCCAUCUGUUUGUUAUACAAGAAUCUGGAAAACAAGAUUGUCCCAAUUGCAAUACAGCUAAAUCAAGAGCCUGGACCAGAAAACCCAAUAUUUCUGCCAUCAGAUGCACAUUAUGACUGGUUAUUAGCUAAAAUAUGGGUGCGUUCAUCUGACUUCCAUGUGCACCAAACUAUAAGCCACCUCUUGAGGUCUCAUCUUCUUUCAGAGGUUUUCGCAAUUGCAUUGUAUCGGCAGUUGCCUGCUGUUCACCCUGUUUUUAAGCUCCUAAUACACCAUGUGCGUUUCACUAUUGCCAUCAAUACAAAAGCUCGGGAGCAACUCAUCUGUGAAUGUGGUCUGUUUGAUAAGGCAAAUGCCACUGGGGGUGGAGGGCAUGUGGAGCUGCUGCUACGUGCAAUGAAGUAUUUUACAUAUGAAUCCCUUUGCUUACCUGAAGCAAUCCAAAUGAGGGGAAUGGAAAAUACAGAAGAGAUUCCAUAUUAUUUCUAUAGAGAUGAUGGCUUAAAGGUUUGGGAAGCAACACAAAACUUUGUGAGAGAUGUGGUGAACAUUUACUAUGCAAGUGACCAGAUUGUGUGUGAGGAUGAAGAACUUCAAGCUUUUGUGAAGGAUGUUUUUGUGUAUGGACUUCGGGACAAUAAAGAGUCAGGAUUUCCCAAAGUUAUUAAGACCAAAGACAAAUUAAUUGAAUAUCUGACAUUAGUGAUAUUCACUGCAUCCGGACAGCAUGCAGCUGUGAAUUUUGGGCAGUAUGACUGGUGUUCAUGGAUUCCAAAUUCCCCUCCUACAAUGCGUCAGCCUCCACCCACUGAGAAGGGUGUUGUCACAAUUGAGUUUAUUAUUGAAAGCCUGCCAGACAGAGGGCGCUCUUGCUGGCACCUUGGAGCUGUGUGGGCAUUAAGUCAGUUCCAGGAUAAUGAGAUAUUUCUCGGUUACUACCCAGAUGAACAUUUUGUUGAGAAAUCAGUUAAGGAAGCGAUGGUGAAAUUCAGAAAGAAUCUUGAGGAAAUCACCAGUUUCAUCCAAGACCGGAACAAGAACAAGAAGCUGCCCUAUUAUUAUGUCUCGCCAGACAGGAUCCCAAAUAGCGUUGCUGUCUAAGUAAAGAUGUAAAAUUAUAAAACAAGUAACAAAAAUAGAAUGAAAUCAAACCUCUUGGGAAAUCAUAUGAAAGUAUACGUGCUAUCAUAGUCAUUGGAUGCACUUCAGAAACAACAGGCAAUGUUAGGUACAGACAGACAAAAAGACUUCCUCCAAUGUCACCUUGAGUUUUGGUGAGGUGUAAGCAGGGGCCCUAUGGGGGGGGGUAUACGGGUGGUAUGUUGAAGAAUGGGAGCACAGACUGCUGCAACAGGGAUGGGACUUUCUGAGAAAAGGCAUCUUUGGGACUAAAGGUGGCCAUAGACACAAAGAUCCGCUCGUUUGGCGACAUCGCCAA